AUGGCUUCAAGAAAACCGGCUAAUCGCCCAGCCGUGAGGCACAUGAGUCACAACCAUCCGCUGCACGUGUUCAAAGCCCGAGACAAAGAUGAGAUCAGCUGCUCUGGAUGCAACCUCGAUCUAACUGGACAAGCUUUCAAGUGUGCGAAUCAGUUUUAUACGUGCUAUGCGUGCGGUGAAUAUGGAUCAGGAUUCGUUUACAACGGCGCUGAGUGUCAAUACGAUGUUCAUGUUGGUUGUGUGUUUCUCGCUGAGACCGUGAAGGGUGAAGAUCACGAACACCCACUCACACUUCUCUACAACACACCGUGCAAAGGUAACGAUGACGGUGCAAUGUUCAUAUGUGAUGUUUGUGAACAAUAUAUGUCGGGGAAUCUUUGGGUUUAUUAUUGCAAAGAAUGUGAUUAUGGGACACAUGUGCAUGCUUGUGCGGUUUAUGAAGAUAACGAGCCAAAGGAAAGAAGAGGAGAAGGAGAAGAAGAAGCAAGCUCCACGGCUGCAAUAGUGGAGUCGUUCAUGAAGGCUCAAGAUGAGAUAUUGAAGACGUUGCAUCUCGAGGCAUGUAUUAACAAGUUUUCUAGUGUAUGA